AUGCAUCCGAGACUUGAACAGUGCUGGGAGCUCGGGAUCAAGGGAAAGCGCCUGUGGGAUCUCGAGGCCGAGUAUCGCGCGGCUCAAGUAUCCUCUGAAUUCCCAAAAGAUAUAACUCGACAAGAGGUUCAAAAGGCCUCUUUCCACCCAACUGUGAGCUAUCCUCGGAAGGCGAAACCGCCAACUGAUCCCGAGACACUCAGACGGCUGCUUGAAGCACAGAGAAAAGCCGAAGCCGCGAUGCGCAACGCCUCGAAACGGUUCGACCAGGAUCCGAUUCCCAAUGAUACCCCAAUCCGGAUAAUCACCAAUCCUUGGCUGGCUCCCCAGUCGAAAGGACAAUACUCGGUCGCUUCGGGUAGCCUUCAGCCCCCGACGGGACCACGUAAUAACCAACCGAGGAGGCACUGGUCGAACUACCGGUCAAGUCACCAGCAGCCAACCCACCAGAGGCCAGCCCACCAGCAGUGGAACCACCAACAGCCGAAACAGCAGCAGCCAAAGCAGCAGCAAUCGAGCCCCCAGAAGCCAAAAAACCAACAGUCGAAUCCCCAGCAGGCCGGCAACAAUUUGCGGUACGGCCAGGAGCCAGAGAAGAACCAGACUAAAACCAACUGGUCAGCAACCCGACCAAACCGCCCGCCGCCGCAAGACAAUUCCCCAAAUAAACGUCCAUCAGAUGGCCAAUCCACAACGCCAAUCACCAAUAACCAGCGUCACAAGAAGCAGGAUGAUAAUCGCCAUCAAGCAGACGGCGCCACAUCAUCACGUCAGAGGAACAACCUGUCAUAUUCGAAUCAGGUGAAGCUGGGAGAAAGGCAGCCCAGGGAAGAGCGGACUGCCGCAAGCCAGAAGCGGUCGGCGCAGAACAAAGACAGGCAGCCAACUCCCAACGCCAGGCGCCCGAUCCAACUAAAGGAGGAGUCUGAUACCGAGCAGACGCCGCACCAGUCGGCGAGGUUCCCACCCCUCGCCGCCGGGACCAACCCAAAGACCCCCGCCGGGACCCGAGCCGAUGAGGCGCCUCGCCGCCAGAAGGACCGUCGACUCCCGGCCUCACUCUCGCUCCCCGCGGAAAAUCGCCCAUUCCCGCGCUCACCCGCGCCUUACCCCGCGGAAUGCAGUCUCCAGCGGGUACCACAAUCGGUGAAACAUGCCCCGUUAAUUCCCACCUCUGCUCCCCAACCGGAGGUGGAGGAAAGGGACGCAGCCCAGGAGGUGGCCGAGAAAACCAGCGCGCUCGCCCGCACCAUAACACUGGAGGUGACAGGCCAACUGCACGCCAUGCACCUCAGCAUGACCGACCAGUUCCAGGCGCACAACAAGGAGAUAGCCGACCAGCUCGCGAAGCAAAGCGAGCGUCAAAAAAAGCGGCUAAUCAAGCUCAAGAAGCGAACCAAAGCACUUGCCAACAAGAUCGAGACCCAAACCGAGAUACUGGAACGGCAGCAGGCGUGGAUAAAAAAGCGCUCGCGCAUGGCAAAGGCGGCGGCGGCGAGCAUCAAGGAAAGGCCGCGGCCGAGCCGGGCGACGGAGGAGUGGGAUUACAUCCAUGCUCCGGUUGUUGGGUAUAGUGAUGACUCUACUGAUGAGACUUAUGCGCCGUCUAGGAUCCUUGACGAUAACGACGAUGACGAAGAAGAGGAGGAACAGGAUGAUGGCAAGACUGAUAGCGAGGACGAGCUCCGAACAGAGUCAAUGGCACGGUAUGCGGAGGAUGAUGUUUUGCCCUCCGUUGAAUCUGGGUCCGGGUCCGAGUCCGAGCCCGAGUCCGUCGAGUCCGGGUCUGAGGAAUCCGAAUCUGAUGAGUCCGGCUCUGAGGCCCCGCCGACUCCCCGCAAAUUAAAACGGGGGCGCGCGCGCAAGGCCACGGAGCAAGACACGGGCCGGAGACCGGCCAAGAAGCGGUGUUAUAACAAGGCGAAGGAAACGCCUGUGGUGAAUCCUUAUCUCGAGCUAAUCGCUCGCGAACGGGCUCGGCCUGGGUUUUUCAAGAGAGAUCCUGGUAAAUGUCGUUGUAGGGUACAUGGCCAAAGCCGACCUGGUUCCUGA